UAUUUCUCUCUCUACUAUGUAUAUCUAUAGUGUCAUCCAAAGCUCUAUUCUAUUCUGUUGUUAAGAAAAAGAAAGAGAUGAUUCUGAAUGAAGAUAGGAAUACGCUCUGCGGUGUCUGCACCAACGGGCGAAGAACGAUAUUCCCAUUACAAAGGCAGAGGACAAGAAACACUCAAUCAACAUGGUUUCAACUCAAUUCUGAAGUCUGAAACUAUUUCAAUAUUCGACAGAUUUCAAUACUAUUCUGAAGUGAAAUGAUUUCAUCCUUUUUCUUUACUGCAUUCUCUCGUUUCGGUUAAAAUGGCCUCUUUUUCUUCCCGAAGCAGAAUCGACCUUAUUUUGAUUGUCUUGAUAGAUUAUUAAUUACAGAAAACAAAGGUAGGAAAGAGGAAGACUUACAAAUAUUUGUUUGUCAGUCUGUGCAAUAGAUCAUACCUUUCAGGCAACAUAGAUAUCCCUGUUAAAAGUCCGUCCGUGGGGCUUCUGUUUUUGUUUGUUGCAACGGUGCCAACCCAUAAGGGAACGGUUGGACUCGCAGCGACUCCUUUUCGUUUGUGUGCCAAUUCAAACUUCAAAGGCUACACAGCCGGGUUUUCUGUAGGAUUCCAUUUGUACGUUAUCGUUGUUUUCUGAGACCAGUUUUAGUGUAAAAUCAACCAUCUUCAGUUUUCCAAAAUUCCUAAAAUCACGUCCAUUCUGUUCAUCCCUCCUCGCUCUUCGUUGUUAACAACCGCCGAUCAAUCAAUAUAUAUAUUAGAACCUUUGUACCCUUCCCGCCCCAACUUCAAAGUUCAAACGCAUUACAAUUCACAAGUUCUUGUAUCAAUUUCCACACCCACCAAAAUCAAAAGAGAAGCAGUUUUACCCACUACCCAGAAGGGAAAAAUGAGUUCGACAAGGAGAAGCAGGGGGUGGGUUGUGACUGCCAGCGUUGGAGCUGUUGAGGCUUUAAAAGAUCAAGGUUUCUGUAGGUGGAAUUACGCUUUAAAACAGCUCCACCAACACGUGAAGAACAAUCUUGGAUCCUGUUCUGAAGCUAAGAAGCUCACUCCAACCACCUCUUCCUCAAAGAUGAGAAAUGAGCAGCAGGGGAAAGAAUCUGAAGAAUCCCUGAGAAAAGUCAUGUAUUUGAGUUGUUGGGUUCCCAACUGAACCCGAAACAUUGUUAAAGAACUCCAUCAUUUGCACCCAUUAAUGUUGUACAAACCAGUAUGUAACAUGACAAGAGUACUUGUGGCUAUCAAUGUAAUGAUUUUA